UUAUUUCCGGAAUUACACGCAUGCGUAUAACACGUGGCUUUAACAAAAUUAACCAUGGCUGCACUAACAGUUCAACAAGAGUACAUGCAGAUGCCUCCAAUAACUCGAGCAUAUACUACAGCUUGUGUUCUAACAACUCUUGCAGUGCAACUGGAUAUUGUAACACCAUUUCAGAUCUACUUCAACCAUGAUUUAAUACUUAGACAAUACCAGUUUUGGAGACUGGUUACUAACUUCUUAUACUUCGGUCCCAUUGGUUUUAACUUCUUCUUCAACAUGGUGUUUGCGUACCGGUACUGUCGGAUGUUGGAGGAGGGAUCAUUUCGUGGACGGACUGCCGAUUUCUUUUUUAUGUUUUUCUUUGGAGGAGCCUUGAUGGUUAUUGUUGCGGUAUUUGUUAAUUUAGUUUUCCUGGGCAGUGCAUUCACUAUUAUGUUGGUGUAUGUCUGGAGUAGGAGGAAUCCAUACAUCAGAAUGAACUUCUUCGGCCUGAUGAACUUUCAGGCUCCCUAUUUGCCAUGGGUCCUCCUAGGAUUUUCCCUUCUUCUUGGUAACUCUGUCAUAGUUGAUUUAAUGGGAAUUGCAGUUGGGCACAUCUACUACUUUCUGGAAGACGUGUUUCCUCAGAAACCAGGAGGAUUCAAAUUAUUGAAGACACCAAGAUUUUUUAAAUAUUUAUUUGAUGCAGCACAAGAAGAUCCUAAUUAUAAUCCUUUGCCAGAAGAGCGUCCAGGUGGCUUUGACUGGGGACAGGGUGCGCAGGUGGGAGACGGAAAUCAAGAUCCUCCGAGGGAUGAGAACUGAAUCCAUAUUUACAAAUCUCCUCAGCAUUGGUGCAUGGUGGUACAGAUCUUGCGUGUGUGAGAUCCAGAAUUCACUCGGUCAUAAUCAACAUACGCCAUUAUCUUCCAUUAAUAAUGAGGACAAGUGCAAUAGAGAUACAAGAUGAAGUCCAUUCUGGUUGACUCAUCUCAGUUCAAAUGGCUUAUUCUCUUAUUUCAACCACUCUUCUAUGAUUCGUAUGCCAAAGGUCAUGGUGUGUGCUAUCCUGUCAGUGGAAAGGUUGCAAAUGAAAGAUGCACGUCUUUUCACGAAACUGUGGUUAGGUUGCCAUAUUGGGGCGAAUGUAGAAAUCCUUUGUUAUGACUUGUUUGAUGAUAAAAAAACCUCUGUGGCUCCAGGAAUAAAAUUGGAGAAUGAAAGAGUAGCAUAGUGAGAAUUAUGUUUUUUAUUAUGUUGCUAUGUAAUGUGAAUACAAGUAUAAACAGUUCAGAUUGAAUUGUAUGUUAUGGUUGCCAUUAUCAAUGGGCCGUGUAGAUAUAUUUUAUACUAUGCCUGCUACUGUGAAUGAAUGCUUAUUAGUAUGAAUGGACAGUGAGUGUAUGUGUCAUAUUUUCUUAUUGAUGGUUUAUUUUUGAGAAUGUGCAAAUAUAUAUUCUUAAAAAUUAUGAAUAAAUAAUGAGUAUACAGA